AUGCAUUUUCUUUUCUAUUGCCGGGGUAUGAAAUUCGUAGGUCCAUUUGUGCUGAUGGUCUACAAGAUUAUUGUUGGCGAUAUGUUGCGUUUUCUUCUCAUCUACUCAGUCUUUGUACUCGGAUUCGCUCAAGCGUUCUACGUGAUUUUCCACUCCUGCGAAAUGGCUGAGAAGAAGUAUCAAGAAAAGCAUGGCUUGCAUCCAGACGAUGACUACAGAGGAAAGUAA